AUGGAGCUGCACGUGCUGGCACUGUCCUUCGCCCUCGCGCUGCAGGUACCGUCACCUGCGUCUGGGGACCGGCUGCAGCCCCACCUGCCAAACGUGUGUGCGGAGCAGGAGCUGGUGAUAGUGGGGCGCAGGCAGCCGUGUGUCCGGGCCGUGGCUCGCGCGGUGCGAGUGUGGAAGCAGGACUGCGGCGGGCAGCCGUGGUGCCCGGGCUACCAGUGGAGGGCAGCCUACCACGCGGCGUACAGGCAGGUGUACACGGCGAGCUACCGGCGAGCCUACAGGUGCUGCCCGGGCUGGGCGCGGCGCGGAGCAGAGCCCGCCUGUCUGCACCAUAUCGACGAGUGCCAGGUUCACAACGGGGGCUGCCAGCACCGAUGUGUGAACACCCUGGGGUCCUAUUACUGUGAGUGCAAGCUGGGCUUCCGCCUGCACACCGAUGGCCGGACCUGCAUUCCCCUGAACACUUGUGCCGUGAACAACGGGGGCUGCGAGCACGACUGCGUGCAGGUGACCCUGGCGCAGCACCGGUGCCAGUGCCGGCACGGCUACCAGCUGCGGGCGGACGGCGCGCGCUGCGCCCCGAGGAACCCGUGUGCCGAGAGGAAYGGAGGCUGCAUGCACCGGUGCCGCAGUCAUCGCGGGGCCGCGCUCUGCGAGUGCCACCCUGGCUACAGGCUGGCAGCCGACAACAGGGCCUGUGAAGAUGUGAAUGAGUGCCUGACGGGAGUAGCCAUGUGCGCACAUCAGUGUCUCAACACUYGUGGCUCCUUUCAGUGCACCUGCAAGCCAGGCUACGAGCUGGGCGCAGACGGCAAGCAAUGCUACCGGAUAGCGAUGGAGAUCGUCAACAGCUGUGAGGUCAAUAACGGCGGCUGCUCCCACACCUGCCGUCACAGCAGCUCCGGCCCAGCCUGCGCCUGCAACUUUGGCUACCAGCUUGAAGAGGACCAGAAGACAUGUUCUGAUAUCAAUGAAUGUGAGAGUGGCACUCACUUCUGUUGUCAGCAGGAGUGUUACAAUUAUCCUGGAGGCUACGAGUGUGCUUGCCAUGCUGGAUACAGGCUCAACACAGAUGGCUGUGCGUGCGACGAUAUAGAUGAGUGUUCUUCAAACAAUGGUGGAUGCGAACACACGUGUCAGAACGAGAUAGGCUCUUUCCAGUGCAGCUGCCAGACUGGAUACAAGCUGGAUGAAGACCAAAGAAGCUGCAUUUCUCUAGAUGUCCCUGUGGAAGCUCUAGAUGGUCAGCAUCCCAAUAUCCGCCCAGUCCCUCAUGUUGCAAUCCUGAGAGAUGAAUUUACCCAGCUCWUUAAUGAGGAUUAUGAAGAGGAGGAGGAAGAGAUGGAAGCAAGAGGAGAGCACACGCUUUCAGAAAAAUUUGUCUGCCUGGAGCACACGUUUGGCCACGACUGCAGCCUGAGCUGUGAGGACUGCAGGAACGGGGGCACGUGCAACGAGGAGCGGAGCGGCUGCGAUUGCCCGGAAGGCUGGAGCGGCGUCAUAUGUAACCAGACCUGCCCCGAGGGCACGUUCGGGAGGAACUGCAGCCUCAGCUGUCACUGCAGGAACGGAGGCACGUGUGAUCCCGUGACGGGCACGUGCCGCUGCCCGCCCGGCGUCACGGGAGACCUCUGUGAAGAUGGCUGUCCUAAAGGAUUUUAUGGAAAACAAUGCAGGAAAAAAUGCAACUGUGCCAACAGAGGUCGGUGCCAUCGAAUUUAUGGAGCCUGCUUGUGUGAUCCUGGCUUGUACGGACGGUACUGCCAUUUAGCUUGCCCAAAGUGGGUGUUUGGCCCUGGCUGCUCUGAAGAAUGCCGCUGCGUGCAGCAGAACACGCAGGACUGUGACAAGAAGGACGGUUCCUGCACGUGCAAACCUGGCUACCGUGGCAAGUGGUGCGAGACAAAAUGUGACCCUGGCUACUAUGGGGAUGGCUGCAAGAAGAAAUGCAGCUGCCCUCUGCAAGCGUCCUGUGACCAUGUUACUGGAAAGUGCUGGGAAGAGUGUCCCCGAGGUUACCACGGGGAGAACUGUGAUCAAGAGUGCCCGGAGGGAAAGUUUGGAGCUGACUGCCUGCUGUCCUGUUCAUGUGGGACAUCUCCCUGCGACCGCGUCACGGGCCAGUGCACCUGCUUGCCCGGCUGGACUGGACAUGACUGUGGAAAAGCUUGCCCUCAAGGUCGCUGGGGACUGGGCUGCCAGGAGGUGUGUGCUGCGUGUGCCAACAACGGCAGCUGCGACGCGGCCACGGGGAGGUGCGUGUGCCCGCCGGGCUUCACCGGGCCCCGCUGCCAGGAUGCGUGUCCGCCGGGCUGGUUUGGCCCCGACUGCCAGCUGAGAUGCAGCUGUGGGAAYGAGGGGCACUGCCAUCCAGCAACGGGGAAGUGCAGCUGUGCGCCCGGCUGGACGGGCUUUAACUGCCGGAGAGCCUGUGACCCAGGUCGCUGGGGCCUGGACUGUGCCAACGUUUGCAACUGCAGCAGCAGCGAUGGGAGCUGCGAUGCGGUGACGGGGCAGUGCAUCUGUGAAGCCGGUUAUACAGGAGUCCGCUGUGAAGACACGUGUCCAGAAGGCUGGUUUGGGCUGAACUGCCGGCACCGGUGCCAGUGUGCCAACAGGGCUCUGUGUGACCAUGUCAGCGGCGCCUGUACCUGCAGCCCGGGCUGGAGAGGCACCUUCUGUGAKCGCGCCUGUCCAGAUGGAUUUUACGGACUGGAGUGUCAGGAAACCUGCAAAUGUCAGAAUGGAGCCCACUGCGACCACGCGACAGGCCAGUGCCACUGCCCACCGGGCUGGGCCGGCCCCAUCUGCAACCAGACUUGCCAGGAGAACACGUUUGGCGAGAACUGCAGCCAGCCGUGCAACUGCUCCAAUAACGCUACCUGCCAUCACGUUAGCGGCCAGUGUCUCUGUGCAGCUGGAUGGACGGGACCCACAUGCCAGCAAGGGUGUCCAGCCGGUUCCUAUGGAGCAAACUGCCACCAGCAGUGUCUCUGCCAAAACGGAGGGAGCUGCGACGCCGCCACGGGGCAGUGCGCGUGCCCCGCCGGCUGGACGGGGCUGGCCUGCGAGCUGGAGUGUGCGCAGGGGCUGUACGGGGCCGGCUGCYGGCGGAGCUGCGCGUGCCAGCACGGCGGGCGCUGCGAGCCCCGCACGGGGCUCUGCCGCUGCCCGCCCGGCUGGACCGGAGAGAAGUGCCAGAGCCCUUGCCCAAAGGGGCUGUUUGGAGCCCACUGUGAAGAGCACUGUGACUGCGGGGACGAGGUGCCGUGCCACCAUGUCACUGGCACGUGCGACUGUCCCCCUGGCUGGAGAGGCCAGCGCUGCGAGAAGGCCUGCCUGCCCGGCUUCUUUGGGAAGAACUGUGCCAGCCGCUGUGCCUGUCCCCUGGGGAUGCCCUGCAAUCACGUCACGGGCCAGUGUGGCUGCCCGCCAGGAUUUACCGGCUCAGGAUGUGAAAAAUCCUGCCAGCCUGGCACCUUCGGGGAGAGCUGCGGCCGGACCUGCCAGUGCCCCGGCGCGCACCAGCAGUGCCACCCGGUGUCGGGGGCAUGUGUCUGCGUGCCCGGCUACCACGGGCCCGGCUGCCAGCAGCCGUGUCCCCAGGGCCGCUACGGCCCCGGCUGCGAGCGCCUGUGCAGCUGCCGCAACGGGGGCCUGUGUGACCCUGGCACGGGGCAGUGCCACUGCCYGCCGGGCUACGUGGGAGCCGACUGCGGCACUGGCUGCCCGGCCGGGCGCUACGGCGAGGCCUGUGCGCACACGUGCCGCUGCGGCGCGGGCGCCUCCUGCCGCGACGGGGCGCUCUGCAGCGCCGCCGACGGCUCCUGCGCCUGCGGCCUCGGCUGGACGGGGCCGGCCUGCGACGUGGAGUGUCCCGCCGGCCGCUACGGCGCCGACUGCCAGUUCCGCUGCGCCUGCCGCCACAAUGCCACGUGCGACCGCGCCACGGGCGCCUGCCGCUGCGCGCCCGGCCACUACGGGCCCCUCUGCGAGCACAGCUGCCCCCCAGGCUUCCACGGAGCGGGAUGCCGGGAGCGCUGCGACUGCGACAACGGCGCCACGUGCGAGCCCGCCACCGGCCGCUGCCGCUGUCCCGCUGGCUUCAUCGGCGAGCGCUGCCAGACAGGCUGUAAGCAGGGAAUGUAUGGAGAGGGAUGCCAGCAGAACUGUGAUUGUGAAGGAAAUGCUCCGUGUGAUCCGGCCACCGGGCGCUGCCUGUGUCCACCAGGGAAAACUGGCAUUAAGUGUGACUUAGACUGCCAAGCGAACAAGUAUGGCCCAAACUGCACGUUCUCCUGUGACUGCGCCACCAGCAGCUCCUUCUGCAAUGCCCAGAACGGCCAGUGCCUCUGUAUUAACGGGUACAUCGGACCUACAUGUCGAGAAGGUUGGCUGCCUCAUCUGCCAGCAGCGGAGCACCCGUCUUUGGCAGCAGCGCUGCAACCCCAGCCACUCGCGGGAUCGUCCCCCCGCAGGGAGCCAGUCCAGCCCGUAAAGCCUUAGGUCCGGAGCAGCUGCUCGCUGCAGGAACAUGCCCGUGGCACGUGACCAAGAGCCACCUAAAGAAGCCAGUGACCAGUUUAGAGACCUUGCUUACAGGCUGCACGAGUGACUGAUCGUCUGCCGCUUUGGAACUAGUUUGGCUGCGACUGAAGGGGCCAAACCAUAAGCGAUUCUCCUUGGAGAGACACCUGAAGAGGCAGCAC